UACAUAUCAACCAUAGAGGCACAUCUUGGGGAGAACUGAACGUAACCACCGUGCAUAAAUCGAGAAGGAAAGAAACAUCUCUUUUUAUAUAGGUUUCAAGGGGUGGAAAGUGCGAGAAAACAGCAAACACUCAUCCGGCCUGUGCUGCUCUGAGAAGCCAGGAGCUGGAGUUUGAAGGUGCAAAAGACUCGCUAUGGCGGUAAACCUGGACAAGGAAGCGUACUACCGCCGAAUCAAGCGCUUAUAUGGGAAUUGGAAGGUAAUCAGCACGGUAGAAAUAUAUUUAUAUAAGACUAGUAAAAUCAUGUUUUGGAUGCUGAAGCUGGCGCGGCGUGGAGCCGCGUUUUUAAACUGCGUGGUUUGACUUUGUUUUCGGCAUGACAUGAGUGAGUGCCGUGGUUGGUUUUGUAGCUACAGAAACGCAAACAGCAAUGAUCAAUUUGAUUAUAUAGACUUACAUGUAGUUAUGAAACACUUGUGGAAUACAUUCAGGAACGAUUACACAUUCUAAAAAUUAUAGUUACAACAUGGCCACUUAUUCUGCAUUGUAUAUUAUCUACAUAUUAGCAUAGCUAACGUUAACUAGCUAGUCAGCCAUAUCUAGCACUUUAUGUGGCACUACCACGUUAGCUCGUUGCCAGUCCAGCAAAAUAUUAAUUCAUAUUCUGAAGUUGCACAUCUAAAAUUGGCACCAAAAUACGAUGUCAGAAAGUACCAUGGAAUGUUUUGACAGAAAUGGCUAGCUAGUUGCCUCUUGUCCACAUAACUAACAUCAAAGUUUGACACGUUCAAGCUAGCAUGCUACUGUAGCUAACUAGCUUUACAUCGCGCCAAGCAGGCAGUGAUUUGUUGCAUGCACUUUUCUUUUGAAGGCACACAACGAUUGAUCUCAUUCCCUGCAUUUGAAUGCCAACCAGUAGUUAACUAGCAACUUUCUCUCAAGCUUAAUUGAGAUAAUAUAGCAAUAGAUGGAUAGUUAUCAACUUUAGCUUACUUCUUAACUGUUUCGCUAACUUGCAAUUUUCAUACUUAUCACCGGCACUCAAAAAGAACAAGCAACGUGUCGACAAACUCACAACUGUGGCUAACUGUCUUUUUGCUCACUGGUUUACUUAGUUUGAACAAUGUGAAACAUUUCUAUGUUAAUCAACAAGUAUCUUUUGUUAUUUUCCUCUAUUAGAAAGGAGAAGAUGAGUUUGGCAAAGUGGAUGCCAUGGUGGUCGCCGUUGGGGUGGACGAAGAGAUAGUGUACGCCAAAUCCACUGCCCUGCAGGUAAAACUCAUGGACUCUACCCUAUCCAAGAGUUAUUCCUGACUGUGAGCUGAUCAGGGAAAAUGUGUGCACGUUUACAUACACAGUACAUUCGGAAAGCAUUCAGACCCCAGACUUUUUCCAUUUUGUUACAUUACAGCCUUAUUCUAAAAUUGAUUAAAUUGUGUUUCCCCCCUCAUCAAUCUACACACAAUACCCCAUAAUAAUAAAGCAAAAACAGGUGUAGACAUCUAUGCAAAUGUAUUAACAUUUAAAAACUGAAAUAUCACAUUUACAUAAGUAUUCAGACUCUACUCAGUACUUUGUUGAAGCACCUUUGGCAGUGAUUACAUUCUCGAGUCUUCUUGGGUAUGACACGACAAGCUUGGCACACCUGUAUUUGUGGAGUUUCUCCCAUUCUGCUCUGCAGAUCCUCUCAAGCUCUGUCAGGUUGGAUGGGGAGCGUCGCUGCACAGCUAUUUUCAGGUCUGUCCGGAGAUGUUCGAUCGGGUUCCAGUCCAGGCUCUGGCUGGGCCCCUCAAGGAUAUUCAGAGACUUGUCCCAAAGCCACUCCUGCGUUGUCUUGGCUGUGUGCUUAGGGUCGUUGUCCUAUUGGAAGGUAAACUUUCGCCCCAGUCCGAGGUCCUGAGUGGUCUGGAGCAGGUUUUCAUCAAGGAGCUCUCUGUACUUUGCUCUGUUCAUCUUUCCCUCGAUCCUGACUAGUCUCCCAGUCCCUGCCGCUGAAAAACAUCCCCACAGUAUGAUGCUGCCACCACCAUGCCUAACCGUAGGGAUGGUGCCAGGUUUCCUCCAGACGUGAGGCUUGGCAUUCAGGCCAAAGAGUUUAAUCAGAACAGAGAAUCUGUUUCUCAUGGUCAGAGUCCUUUAGGUGCCUUUUGGCAAACUCCAAGCUGUCUGUCGUGCCUUUUACUGAGGAGUGGCUUCCGUCUGGCCGCUCUACCAUAAAGGCCUGAUUGGUGGAGUGCUGCAGAGAUGAUUGUCCUUCUGGAAGGUUCUCCCAUCUCCACAGAGAAACUCUAGAGCUCUGUCAGAGUGACCAUCGGGUUCUUGGUCACCUCCCUGACUAUGGCCCUUCUCCCCAAUUGCUCAGUUUGGCCGGGCAGCCAGCUCUAGGAAGAGUCCAGAUUGUUCCAAACACUUCCAUUUUAAGAAUGAUGGAGUCCACUGUGUUCUUGGGGACCUUCAAUGCUGCAGAAAUGUUCUGGUACCCAUCCCCAGAUCUGUGCUUCACCACAAUCCUGUCUCGGCGCUCUACGGACAAUUCCUUCGACCUCAUGGCUUGGUUUUUGCUCUGACAUGCACUGUCAACUGUGCGACCUUAUAUAGACAGGUGUGUACCUUUCCAAAUCAUGUCCAAUCAAUUGAAUUUACCACAGGUGGACUCCAAUCAAGUUGUAGAAACAUCUCAAGGAUGAUCAAUGGAAACAGGAUGCACCUGAGCUCAAUUUCGAGUCUCAUAGCAAAGGGUCUGAAUUCUUACAUUAAUAAGGUAUUUCCGUUUUAUUUUCAAUACAUUUGCAAAAAUGUGUAAAAACCUGUUUUUGCUUUGUCAUUAUGGGGUAUUGCGUGUAGAUUGGUGAGGAUUUCUAUUUAUUUAAUCAAUUUGAGAUUAAGGCUGUAGCGUAACAACAUGUGGCGAAAGGGUCUGAGUACUUAGAGUGCACUGUAUGUGUUAUGGCUUCUGUAGUGAAGAAGCAUAGCUAGUUUACACUCCAGCAUAAGCAUAUUUCAUAGAAUAACAUAUGCCCCCUCUCCACCUUCUCUCCUCUCUUCUUCCUCUCCUCCUCUCCUUCCCCUCCAGACAUGGCUGUUUGGUUAUGAGCUGACAGACACCAUCAUGGUGUUUUGUGAGUCUAAGAUCAUCUUCCUGGCCAGCAAAAAGAAGGUGGAGUUCCUUAAACAGGUGGCUGUCACCAAGGGUAAUGAGAACGCCAACGGGGUUCCACCAAUCACUCUGCUCAUCAGGGAAAAGGUAAGCGCUGAUUGGUAGACUCGGGAUGUUCUAUCGCUGAUUCGCUUUCAAUGCAUAUUAUCCCAUUUUAGUACAGUUCUUUUAAUGUGUGUGGCACAAGAAGUCGGUGUGACCGUUCGUGUGUGAGUGCAUGAAUGUGCAUGCACUCAUGUCAAUGUGUUUGAGCUGAAGGAUCACUCUUUAACCUCUCUCUCCCCCUCCUUCCCUCCCCUCAGAACGAGAGCAACAAGGUUAACUUUGAGAAGAUGGUGGAGGCAAUCAGGGCCAGUAAGGAGGGCAAGACUGUGGGUGUGUUCAGCAAGGACAAGUUCCCCGGUGAUUACAUGAAGAGCUGGAACGACAUGAUCACUGCAGAGGGCCUGGAGAAGGUGAGCAAAGGAGGGAUGUGGGGAAAGGGACUGAAGGAGGGAGGGGUGAGAUGGGUUGAUGGUAAAAUAAUAUUGUUUCCAUGUGGUGUGUGAAUUUACAGAAUGGUGGGUAGCUGGUGUGUGUGGCGGGAGGCAAUGUUGCAUUAAAAAGAGACUCUCACAUGUAGCUAGUUAUUGGUCUCUGCAUCAGGUCACAAUCCUCACAGUCUCUCCGUCUCCCUCUCUCUCUCCCCCUCUCACAUUCCCGAAGGUGGACAUCAGUGCGGUUGUAGCCUACACCAUUGCUGUGAAGGAGGACGGGGAACUGGUUCUGAUGAGGAAGGCUGCAGCCGUCACCAGCGACGUCUACUCCAAGUUCUUCAAGGAGCGGGUCAUGGAGAUCGUUGAUGCAGACGAGGUAGGCUUUGUAGUCACGAUCGUUAUCCGCUCCCACAACGCCUGUAGAUGGGUGGAACAUCCCAGGACCCACAUUAAUAUGAUAGAACCAUCCUGGAAAGCCACUGUUGUGAUUGACAGGUGCAGUCAAAUUGGGCCAGACUGACUGACAACCAAUUAAAGAUAUGUCCAAAUAGUUUUGAAUCAUUUCAUUUUGUCUCCAAGAUGACACGCACACUUUUAGAGCAAAAACAAAGCAUUGCGCAGAGCGUUUCCUGAGUGUGUUCUCUCCUCUUUUGUGCCCUAACAGAAGGUGCGCCACAGUAAGCUGGCUGAGUCUGUAGAGAAGGCCAUCGAGGAGAAGAAGUUCCUGGGGGGAGCAGACCCCUCCACGGUGGAGAUGUGUUACCCCCCCAUCAUUCAGAGUGGGGGCAACUACAGCCUCAAGUUCAGCGUUGUCAGGUAAACAGACGCUUCCAUGGCGAUGUCUUUAGUAAUGACCGUUUCCACUGUGAUCUUUUUUUAGCCUCGUUUCAGUGCUCAACAUACAUGCAAAAAUAAAUAAUUUAACAGGUUUAUCCAAAAUGUGACCAGUUUUGAUGAUAAAGACCAAUUUCCUUCUGUAUCACACAUACAGUACCUGUCACAGCAGACUCAUUUAUAAGGCAUUAUAACACCUUUUAUAACGCCACUAUAACUCUUCAGUGAUAAGAACCACAUGCACUUUGGGGCCAUCACGUGUGCCAUGGGGAUCCGCUACAAGUCUUACUGCUCCAACCUGGUGCGGACCCUGAUGGUGGACCCGCCACAGGAGAUGCAGGACAACUACAGCUUCCUGCUACAGGUGGAAGAGGAACUACUCAAAGAGCUCAAACACGGUGCGGGAUGGAGGAAGGGAGAUGCAGGGUGUGUGUUUGUGGGGUAGAGUACACAUGCUUUGCGUAACCUGACUUUUUUUUUUCUGACCUUGUUCUCUGUAGGUGUAAAGAUCUGCGACGCGUACAAUGCUGUGUUGGACUACGUCAAGAAGGAGAAGCCUGACCUGGCGGCCAAAUUCACCAAGAACCUAGGGUAGGACACACACACACACUCUUACCUUCUCACACACUCCCACAUGGCCUCGUAUUGGUUAUUGUAUUGAUUUAUUAGGCUUGGGCGGUAUCCAGAUUGUCAUACCUUCAUACGACCUUGUGCCAUUCCGGGAUAUUCGGUAAUACCGGCAAUGAACAUACGGGACACUAUUUUCAAACCACACUGAUCCUCUUCAAUCUGAAGGUUAGCUAUGCUAACAAGUACAUGUAAAAUCCCAUAGAGAACUAAAUGCUAACGAGCGCAUUGCGUACAUUUUAUACAGUCUCUGACCUAAAGUAUUUGCAGUCUAAUAAAAAGCAUGAGCUGGCGCACAUCCCCAAAAAGUUGUUAGAGGUGCUGACUAACGGCGAGUAAACUGUAGGCUACAUAGUCAACUGUAGGCUACAUAGUCAACUGUAGGCUACAUAGUCAACUGUAGGCUACAUAGUCAACUGUAGGCUACAUAGUCAACUGUAGGCUAUAUAGUCUGUGCCGCCUUCAGGAUCACCCUAAAGAAGGCACAGUGGUGCCGAAACGUUGGUGGUUUACCCAAUAAAUUACUGGAAGCUUGAAUAUACAGUGUGCGACUCUCUUUUAUCUAAAUUAUUUGCAGUACAGACAUCCCAGCUAAUAAAGUUAUGCAAGUAACUCAAAAAUGCUACUCACAGUUUGCCGCACGCACAAAACAAAUAUUAGACAGCAAGGCUUUUGAUCCAGGAGGGGAUUCUCUGCUGUUACCAAGCAAAGCUUGAUUUUGGAAGAAGCUAACCACUAAAUUGGCAAACCAAAUGCACAACUGCAGAGCAUUUAGCACAUUUUAGACAGUUAACUUAAUAGUUAUAAGAUAUCUACACCUAAACAAAAAUACACUGCUCAAAAAAAUAAAGGGAACACUUAAACAACACAAUGUAACUCCAAGUCAAUCACACUUCUGUGAAAUCAAACUGUCCACUUAGGAAGCAACACUGAUUGACAAUACAUUUCACAUGCUGUUGUGCAAAUGGAAUAGACAACAGGUGGAAAUUAUAGGCAAUUAGCAAGACACCCCCAAUAAAGGACUGGUUUUGCAGGUGGUGACCACAGACCACUUUUCAGUUCCUAUGCUUCCUGGCUGAUGUUUUGGUCACUUUUGAAUGCUGGCGGUGCUUUCACUCUAGUGGUAGCAUGAGACAGAGUCUACAACCCACACAAGUGGCUCAGGUAGUGCAGCUCAUCCAGGAUGGCACAUCAAUGCGAGCUGUGGCAAGAAGGUUUGCUGUGUCUGUCAGCGUAGUGUCCAGAGCAUGGAGGCGCUACCAGGAGACAGGCCAGUACAUCAGGAGACGUGGAGGAGGCCGUAGGAGGGAAACAACCCAGCAGCAGGACUGCUACCUCCGCCUUUGUGCAAGGGGGAGCAGGAGGAGCACUGCCAGAGGCCUGCAAAAUGACCUCCAGCAGGCCACAAAUGUGCAUGUGUCUGCUCAAACGGUCAGAACCAGACUCCAUGAGGGUGGUAUGAGGGCCCGACGUCCACAGGUGGGGGUUGUGCUUACAGCCCAACACCGUGCAGGACGUUUGGCAUUUGCCAGAGAACACCAAGAUUGGCAAAUUCGCCACUGGCGCCCUGUGCUCUUCACAGAUUAAAGCAGGUUCACACUGAGCACGUGACAGACGUGACAGAGUCUGGAGACGCCGUGGAGAACGUUCUGCUGCCUGCAACAUCCUCCAGCAUGACCGGUUUGGCAGUGGGUCAGUCAUGGUGUGGGGUGCAUUUCUUUGGGGGGCCGCACAGCCCUCCAUGUGCUCGCCAGAGGUAGCCUGACUGCCAUUAGGUACCGAGAUGAGAUCCUCAGACCCCUUGUGAGACCAUAUGCUGGUGCGGUUGGCCCUGGGUUCCUCCUAAUGCAAGACAAUGCUAGACCUCAUGUGACUGGAGUGUGUCAGCAGUUCCUGCAAGAGGAAGGCAUUGAUGCUAUGGACUGGCCCGCCUGUUCUCCAGACCUGAAUCCAAUUGAGCACAUCUGGGACAUCAUGUCUCGCUCCAUCCACCAACGCCACGUUGCACCACAGACUGUCCAGGAGUUGACGGAUGCUUUAGUCCAGGUCUGGGAGGAGAUCCCUCAGGAGACCAUCCACCACCUCAUCAGGAGCAUGCCCAGGCGUUGUAGGGAGGUCAUACAGGCACGUGGAGGCCACACACACUACUGAGCCUCAUUUUGAUUUGUUUUAAGGACAUUACAUCAAAGUUGGAUCAGCCUGUAGUGUGGUUUUCCACUUUAAUUUUGAGGGUGGCUCCAAAUCCAGACCUCCAUGGGUUGAUACAUUUGAUUUCCAUUGAUACUUUUUGUGUGAUUUUGUUGUCAGCACAUUCAACUAUGUAAAGAAAAAAGUAUUUAAUACGAUUAUUUCAUUCAUUCAGAUGUUAUUUUAGUGUUCCCUUUUAAUUUUUUGAGCAGUGUAUAAACGCAGGAUGUAAAGUGUUGGUCCCAUGUUUCAUGAGCUGAUAUAAAAGAUCCCAGAAAUGUUCCAUACGCACAAAAAGGUUAUUUCUCUCAAAUGGUGUGCACUAAUUUGUUUACAUCCCUGUUAGUGAGCAUUUGUCCUUUGCCAAGAUAAUCCAUCCACCUGACAGGUGUGACAUAUCAAGAAGCUGAUUAAACAGCAUGAUCAUUACACAAGUGCACCUUGUGCUGGGGACACAAAAGGCCACUCUAAAAUGUGCAGUUUUGUCACACAACACAUAAGCUACGGACAAUGAACACACUUGCAAUUUGAAUGCACAGAGAGUGACGAUCCUGAGGCUCAUUGUCGUGCCAUUCAUCCGCCACCAUCACCUCAUGUUUCAGCAUGAUGUCGCAAGGAUCUGUACACAAUUCCUGGAUGCUGAAAAUGUCUCAGUUCUUCCAUGGCCUGCAUACUCACCAGACAUGUCACCAAUUGAGCAUGUUUGGGAUGCUCUGGAUCGACGUGUUCCAGUUCCCGCCAAUAUCCAGCAACUUCGACACAGCCAUUGAAGAGGAGUGGUACAACAUUACACAGGCCACAAUCAACAGCCUGAUCAACUCUAUGCGAAGGAGAUGUCUCGCUGCAUUUUUUAAGGUAUCUGUGACCAACAGAUGCAUAUCUGUAUUCCCAGUCAUGUGAAAUUCAUACAUUAGGGCCUAAUGAAUUUAUUUCAAUUGACGGAUUUCCUUGUAUGAACUGUAACUCAGUAAAAUCUUUUGAAAUUGUUGUGUGUUUUAUAUUUUUGUCCAGUAUAGCUGGCAAACAUUUAGUUGUGAAUUUUAUACUGUAGCUAGGUCACCUGACGUGUGCUGCACAACAGUGAGUGGCUCACAAGGCUCCGGUCUCUCGUUGUUUGCUUGUAAACAAACACCACGUGACUGGGGACUACUGGUAAGUUUCAUAAUGUAAAAUAGUGUGACAGGUGAAAUGAAGAAUGCAAUCUUCUUUAUCUCCUAAAGUAUUGCACAAGUUGACUGCAGGUAUUUACUUAAAAAUGGUAUUUCAAAUAAAUAGUUUCAACGGUAUUGGAAAAACCAUCCCGUGGCUAUUUCCAAGCAGGGUGGGAAAAUGUACUUUUUGGUCCUCCAGCCGCAGUAGCUGGUGAAUGCCCUCAUUUUACCUGCCAUUCAAAUCUUUUACCAGCCACUCAAAUCUUUUACCAGCCAUUCAAAUCUUUUACCUGCCAUUCAAAUCUUUUACCUGCCAUUCAAAUCUUUUACCAGCCAUUCAAAUCUUUUACCAGCCAUUCAAAUCUUUUACCAGCCACUCAAAUCUUUUACCAGCCAUUCAACUCUUUUACCAGCCACAUUUUGUUCUGAAAAAAAAUGAAAUUAAGGAUAAAUCACAGAAAACACAGUACCUGCUUUCACUACUAUGGUUGAGGUUUUCUCUUCCAGAGCUGACACUCACGUUUUAGUUUUUUAUUUAUUCGUUUUUUUACAUGUGGGUUUUGGAUCGAGAAGAAAAAAAAAACUGCUCCCAAAUGCUGUAUGUGUUCACCCGCCAAUUUGGCUGGGAAGAAUAGACACUCUACCAGCCGGUGCCAAAAUCGACCAGCGCUUGGCUGUCGGCUGGUAUUAAUUUCCCAUCCUGUUUCCAAAUACCCCAGUAUGCGGUAUAAACGGUAUACCGCCCAAGCCUAUUGAUUGAGGAUAGAGUAUAUAUUGAUUAUUGAGGAUGGGGUAUGUAUCAUGUAUUGAAAUUGAGGAUCGUGUAUGUAUCAUGUAUUGAAAUUGAGGAUGGUGUAUGUAUCAUGUAUUGAUUAUGUGCGUCCCCUCUUCCUGCUGUAGGUUUGCCAUGGGGAUAGAGUUCAGAGAGGGUUCCCUGGUCCUGAACAGUAAGAACCAGUACAAACUGAAGAAAGGUAAGCACUCAAGUCACUGUAGUGUCUUACUGAAUGUAAGUAGGAUACUUUGUAGACAUGGUAUUGUGUGUGAGUCUCAUACAGAGGCCAUUUUAAAUGGUGUGUAGAGCGGACGCUUUCAUAACUGUGUGUUUUCAGGUAUGGUACUGAGCAUCAGCCUGGGUUUCGCUGACCUGGUGAAUAAGGAGGGGAAGAAGGAGGAACAGAAGAAAUACGCCCUGUUCAUAGGAGACUCAGUACAGAUCAAUGAGGUAGGAGGGAGGGCAGGGGAUGGAAGGAUGAGGGUGGGGAAGGAACAGACGAAAUACACCCUGUUCAUAGAAUGUACAGAUCAACAAAGUAGGGUUCACACUCUUAGACUUUAUUUCAAACUUUUUUUUAACAAAGUCACAGUCAAACAUAUAGUUCUCUAUCAAUCACAUUUGAUAUGUCAUAUUGGCUCAGCGAUGGCAGGAAAGAAACACUAAACAUUCAGCGUGGCCAUUAAAAUGUCUAUCCUGAAGGACGAUCCGGCGACAGUUCUCACUCCGGUCAAGAAGAAGAUAAAGAACGUUGGAAUCUUCUUAAAGGUACGAAAGAUGGCCGCCGUCUCUCUCGGCUUCUUGUUUCACUCAGUCUCUCACAAACCCUGAAAGAUGCAUAUCUAUUUCAAAUAUUAAUAUGUUUAUUUUAGGGCUCUAUGUCCUCUAACUGUUAUAUUUAAGCAAUAAUACCUGUGGUAUAUUUUCUGAUAUACACACGGCUGAUAGGCUGUUUUAGCCAAUCAGCAUCCAGGACCCAAACUACCCAUUAAAAAUGAUUUGUUUCUUCUUGACAGAAUGAUGAAGAGGAUGAUGAGGAGGAAGAUGCUGACGAUGCAGAGGAACUACUGGGGAAGGGAGCGCGUGGACAAGCUUUACUCCAGGACAGGACUAGGGUGUGUGUGUGUGUGUGUGUGUGUGUGUGUGUGUGCUUGAGAGAAAUUCACUACACUUACACCAUCUCAGUUUGUGUUUAUGAGAUAAAACAUUAUCGUUUAAUUGGUCAGAAUGUGAGCAACUGUUAUUUGAUUGGUCAGAACGAGAUGACUGCAGAGGAGAAGAGGCGGGCUCACCAGAAGGAGCUGGCCAAUCAGGUGAACGAGGAGGCCAAGAGACGUCUGACAGAACAGAAAGGAGAGCAACAGGUCCAGAAGUGAGUGAACGAGGGAAUAGAGGAGUGGAAGAGAGGGAGGAGGAGGGUAAGGUGUUACAGAAGGAGAGCAACAGGUCCAGAAGUGAGUGAACGAGGGAAUAGAGGAGUGGAAGAGAGGGAGGAGGAGGGUAAGGUGUUACAGAAGGAGAGCAACAGGUCCAGAAGUGAGUGAACGAGGGAAUAGAGGAGUGGAAGAGAGGGAGGAGGAGGGUAAGGUGUUACAGAAGGAGAGCAACAGGUCCAGAAGUGAGUGAACAAGGGAAUAGAGGAGUGGAAGAGAGGGAGGAGGAGGGUAAGGUGUUACAGAAGGAGAGCAACCGGUCCAGAAGAGAGGGGAAAAGAGGAGGGGACGGAGAAGGGAUGAUGGACUAAUGUUUGGAAGGAGGGAGAUGGGAGAACGGAAUGAGAGGAGGCUGGUAAUAGGUAAUAAAGGAGUGGAGUGAAGGAGGAGAGGUGGUAGAACGUACAUGAUGAGGGAGAGAAUUAUGUUAUGGGGAUUUUUUUUAUAGUGUUAUGUUUGUCUAAAUGGUAUUUCGUAGAAAACUAGGAAAGAUACAUUUACAUGAUUAAAUAAUUAAUGAUUUCGCUCUCUCCUGAUGUUUACGUAGAUGGUCUUUCCAAAAAUGUGUGCCGUCGCCAAUGAAUUAAAUGAUUAAAUGAAGUAUUUCCCUCUCGCUCUCUCUCUAGGUCCAGAAAAUCCAAUGUUUCCUACAAGAACGGCUCUCAGAUGCCUCGAGAGAAAGACAUUCGAGACAUGAAGAUCUUCAUCGACAAGAAAUACGAGACGGUCGUCAUGCCUGUCUUUGGCAUCGCCACCCCUUUCCAUAUCGCUACCAUCAAGGUACCACACACACACACACACACACACUAAUCACAAUUAGACCACACCUAUCUGAGGAAAAACUUGACCUGUCUGUCUGUGUAGAACAUCAGUUCGUCGGUGGAAGGAGACUGGACGUACCUGAGGAUAAACUUCUAUGUUCCCGGCAGCUCUCUGGGACGCAACGAGGGCAACAUCUUCCCCAACCCUGAUGCCACUUUUGUCAAAGAAAUGUGAGAGGAAAUGUGUGUGUGACUGAGUGCCCAUAUACUUACUGCAUGUUUCACUGCUGUCAAAUAUCAAGCAGAUGGUCGUAAGUGUGUGUGUGUGUGCUGUAUGCAUCUUUGUCCACCUGCUGCUGUGUCUGACAUUGCUCAUACCUCCCCCCAGUACGUACCGGGCAUCGAACCUCAAGGCGCCUGGUGACCCAACAGUCCCGUCCACUAACCUCCAGAACGCCUUCCGCAUCAUCAAGGAGGUGCAGAAGCGCUACAAGACCCGGGAGGCUGAGGAGAAGGAGAAGGAGGGUAUCGUCAAGCAGGACUCGCUGGUCAUCAACCUCAACCGCUCCAACCCCAAACUCAAAGACCUCUACAUCAGGCCCAACAUCGCCCAGAAGAGGAUGCAGGGGUCACUGGAGGCCCAUACCAACGGUGAGGAAAGGGUUCCCAUAACAAUUAAUUGAAAGAGGAGAGUAGUGGAGGAAAGAAGAGAGGGGAAGGAAAGAGGGUGGGGGAACGAAGAAAUGGUGGAGGUUCUUCCCAGAUCAGAGUGUUGCUGUAGACUAUAAGAAUGCUGUGUAUUCUCAAUCAACAUUUUAGUCAUUUAGCAGAUGCUCUUAUCCAGAGGCACUUAGUUAGUGCGUUCAUCUUAAAAUGGGUAGGUGAGACAACCACAUAUCACAGUCAUAGUAUAAAAAAGUACUUAUCAGCAAAGUUGGGGCUAGUAGGAAAAAGAAGUGUCCCCCUCCAUCCCUCAACGGAUCUGGUAAAUAACAUGUCUCUGUCUCUCUGUCCAGGACAGAACCUGGGAAAUAACAUGUCUCUGUCUCUCUGUCCAGGACAGAACCUGGUAAAUAACAUGUCUCUGUCUCUCUGUCCAGGACAGAACCUGGUAAAUAACAUGUCUCUGUCUCUCUGUCCAGGACAGAACCUGGUAAAUAACAUGUCUCUGUCCAGGACAGAACCUGGUAAAUAACAUGUCUGUCUCUCUGUCCAGGACAGAACCUGGUAAAUAACAUGUCUCUGUCUCUCUGUCCAGGACAGAACCUGGUAAAUAACAUGUCUCUGUCUCUCUGUCCAGGACAGAACCUGGUAAAUAACAUGUCUGUCCAGGACAGAACCUGGUAAAUAACAUGUCUGUCUGUCCAGGACAGAACCUGGUAAAUAACAUGUCUGUCUGUCUGUCUGUCCAGGACAGAACCUGGUAAAUAACAUGUCUCUGUCCAGGACAGAACCUGGUAAAUAACAUGUCUCUGUCUCUCUGUCCAGGACAGAACCUGGUAAAUAACAUGUCUCUGUCUCUCUGUCCAGGACAGAACCUGGUAAAUAACAUGUCUGUCCAGGACAGAACCUGGUAAAUAACAUGUCUGUCUGUCCAGGACAGAACCUGGUAAAUAACAUGUCUGUCUGUCUGUCUGUCUGUCCAGGACAGAACCUGGUAAAUAACAUGUCUGUCUGUCUCUCUGUCCAGGACAGAACCUGGUAAAUAACAUGUCUGUCUGUCUCUCUGUCCAGGACAGAACCUGGUAAAUAACAUGUCUGUCUCUCUGUCCAGGACAGAACCUGGUAAAUAACAUGUCUGUCUGUCUCUCUGUCCAGGACAGAACCUGGUAAAUAACAUGUCUCUCUGUCCAGGACAGAACCUGGUAAAUAACAUGUCUGUCUGUCUGUCUGUCCAGGACAGAACCUGGUAAAUAACAUGUCUGUCUGUCUGUCUGUCCAGGACAGAACCUGGUAAAUAACAUGUCUGUCUGUCUCUCUGUCCAGGACAGAACCUGGUAAAUAACAUGUCUGUCUCUCUGUCCAGGACAGAACCUGGUAAAUAACAUGUCUGUCUGUCUGUCCAGGACAGAACCUGGUAAAUAACAUGUCUGUCUGUCCAGGUUUCCGUUUCACGUCCGUCCGCGGGGACAAAGUGGACAUUCUCUACAACAACAUUAAACACUCCCUCUUCCAGCCCUGUGACGGAGAGAUGAUCAUCGUACUGCACUUCCACCUCAAGGUACCUGUGUGUGUGUGUGUGUGUAACCUUAGGCUUAGUACAAGAUGUCUAACCUUAUAUGCUUUGUAAUCAGGCUGUAGGUAUUUGGUUCUAUGCUUUCGCCUGGGGCAUUUGGAGGGGUCUUGAUUUAGUUUAGGCGUGUGUAUUUGUGCGUCCAUUUUGACUAAUCCCACCCCUCUCGUCCUGCAUCAGAACGCCAUCAUGUUUGGUAAGAAGCGUCACACAGACGUGCAGUUCUACACAGAGGUAAAUAAAGUUUUUAUCGUAUGUUUUAUCUUACCUUAAUAUAUUGUCUUAAGAUAGGAUAAGACAAUAUUAUCUCCUCUUAGGUGGGUGAGAUCACCACAGACCUGGGGAAGCACCAGCACAUGCACGACCGCGACGACCUGUACGCCGAACAGAUGGAGAGAGAGAUGAGACACAAGCUCAAGUCUGCCUUCAAGAACUUCAUCGAGAAGGUGGAGACCCUCACCAAGGAGGCACUGGAAUUCGAAGUGCCCUUCCGAGACCUCGGGUAUGAGGGAGAAGGGAGGGAUGGAGGGAUGGAGGGAGGGAGAAGGGAGGGAUGGAGGGAGGGAGGGAGGGAGGGAGGGAUGGAGGGAGGGAUGCAGAGUGAUAUGGACAGGGUAAGGGCGUUUUGAGAAGGCGUGUGAAUAUUAAAGGGAAUAUUCAUCCAUUUUGAAUGUUGUACAGUUUUUGUGCAUCUUUGAGCGAUGUUCUAUCGAUUCCUGAGGACAUUGCAUGUUUUAAUGUGUAUCUGAGUUUCGCAUCAUAUGAUGAGUGAAUCUUUCCUUUAAGGGGGGGGAAGCAUGGAGUUGGGUGUUCAAGUAAUGAACUGUAUGAAACUGUUUAAGUUAAUAAUAUCAGUCUCGUUGCGGAGGACAUUACUGUGUGUGUGUGUGUUCAGGUUCCAGGGUGCCCCCUACAGGAGUACCUGUCUGUUGCAGCCCACCUCCAGCUCCCUGUGUAACACCACUGAGUGGGUGAGUGCUUAUUACUGCUACCGCUGCUACUACAACUACUACUACCAUUAGUACUACUACUACCGCUAGUACUACUACUACUACCGCUAGUACUACUACCACUAGUACUACUACUACUACUGCUACCACUACUACUGCUACCGCUGCUACUACUACCGCUAGUACUACUACUGCUACCACUACUACUACUACUACUACUACUACUACUACUACUAGUACUACUGCUACCACUACUACUGCUACCGCUACUACAACUACUGCUAGUACUACUACUACUGCUGCUACUGCUAGUACUACUACUACUACUACUACUGCUGCUACUACUACCGCUAGUACCACUACUACUACAACUACUUCUAGUACUCUUACUGCUACCGCUACUACAACUACCGCUAGUACUGCUAGUACUAUUACUGCUACCUCUAGUACUACUACCGCUACUACUACUACUACUACUACUACUACUACUACUACUACAACACACAUUAAUACUACUACUACUACUGUUACACACAUUAAUACUACACCACACUAGCACUACUACUACUACACAUAUUAAUACUACAUCACAGUAACACUACUACUAUUACUACACAUAUUAAUACUACACCACACUAACACUACUACUAACACAUAUUAAUACUACUACUACACAUUAAUACUGCUACACCACAGUAAAACUACUACUACACAUGAAUACUACUGCUACUACUACACAUUAAUACUACACCACACUACUACUACUACUACUACACCGCUAUUACUACUAUUAUUACUACUACACACAUUAAUAUUACUGCUGCUGCUACUACACCACAUUAAUACUACUACUACUACUACUACACACAUUACUACUACAGCACAUUAAUACUACUACAGCACAUUAAUACUACUACUACACACAUUGCUAUUACUACUACUACUACUACAGAAAUUACUACUACACACUAAUAAUACUACUACUACUACUACUACUACUACACAUUCACUGAUAUAGUCAGCAGCACUGCUUGCAUUCUCCACCAUGUGUUUUAAACCAAGCUAGGCCUUGAGGCAGAUAUUUUAUCUAAUAAAAUCCUUUGUAGGUUAAAGUUAACACUAAAAAGGUACAUGCUCUCAGCAGUCUACUAUAUAUAUAUAUAUAUUUUUUUCUUCUCAUCAUUCCAUCCUCUCUCGCUCCUUCCCCAGCCUCCGUUCGUGGUGACUCUGGAUGAGGUGGAGCUGGUGCAUUUUGAGCGCGUUCAGUUUCACCUGAAGAACUUUGACGUGGUCAUCGUCUACAAGGACUACAGCAAGAAGGUCACCAUGAUCAACGCCGUGCCCGUCAACUCACUGGACCCCAUCAAGGAGUGGCUCAAGUAAGUGCAUCGAUUAACCUAGACUCGUUUUUCUGACUAGAUUACUAAUCUACCGCCUUUCCUCAAAGUCCCGCCCACAGUGAUUGAUUGACAGGUCUGAAACCCUACCAACUCUGUGACUCACCAACAUCCUUGCCCCCUCACCUGAAAAUUUCGCCCACAGUGAUUGAUUGACAGGCCAAACUCUUAAAGGGAUAGUUCACCAAAAUUACACAUUGGUUUCCUUAUCCUAGGUGUCCACAACAGCAGAUCCAAUAAAAUUUAUUUGAGUUUGAGUUUAUUUUUUACAGGGACAGUGCACAUUAAUCAACGUUUCAGUAAAAGUGCCGGUUUUAGCCAGCCGGCUAAUUUUCAACCGCAGUCCCUGGGCAGGUUAUUAAAAACAAUUACAAUAUAGACAAUAACAACAUAGAACAAGACAUAGCAUACAGACAUAGCAACAUAGGACAAGCAAGACGUAGCAUACAGACCGAGCAACAUAGAACAAAAAGCAGCAAGACAAAAUUCAUAAAAGCAACAAAAUGUUUCCACACCUCACAAGUUACAGACAACAGACAUGGAAAGCGGCAACACACAGCUAGGGACCAUGUUCACAAAUCUGAUUGACCUUUAGCCAUGUCUUCAAGCAUUUUGUGAAAGUGUGAUAUGUGGUGCAGUUGUGUGUGUCUGAUGGCAGUGUAUUCCAGACAUGGGAAGCUCUCACAGAAAAAGCAGAUUUACUAAAGGUGCUUUUCCUUAGGGGAACUACACAGUCACCUCUCAUGGCAGACCUUGUGGAUCUGCUGCCAUAUGUUUGGGUUUUCUGUUUAACAAAAAUACUGAGUGGAGGGGGAGCCAAGCCAUUUAGGAUCUUGAAUACAAGACAUGCAUCGGUGUAUUGCACAAGAUUUUCCCAACUCAGGAGCUCAUGCUUUCUAAGGAUGUGACAGUGAUGAUGGCUAUUGGGCUUCCUAUCAAGCACUUUGAGAGCCUGUUUGUAGACAGACUGAAUAGGUCUUACUGUUGUACAGCAAGCUUGGGCCCAACUAGUCAAGCAGUAUGUUAAGUGGGGGAGUAUCAUAGAUUUGAAGUACAGUUUUGCUACCUCUGUAGUCAAACAAUUUCGUAUAAAUCGGAAAUUAGCUAGGUUGAAUUUGGUUAUUUGAAUUACCUUUUUCACAUGCUUUUUAAAAGAGAGGUUGGAAUCAAGUAUGAUGCCAAGGUACUUAAAAUCAGAUACCCCCUGGAGCUUCUCCCCUGACACAUAGACUUCUGGCUCAGUAGCAUCUGUUGCCCUCUUUGUGAAGAACAUGCAAACAGUUUUUUUCACAUUGAGAUGCAAACACGAGUCACUGAGCCACUUUGUAACCUGGACCAUUACAGUAGUGAGUUCUUGUGCAGCUUGUUGUUUGCUCUUUGCAUGCACAUAUAUCACUGUAUCAUCUGCAUACAUUUGAACUUCAGACCCAGUACAGACAGAAGGCAGAUCAUUAAUGUACAGGCUGAACAGGAGGGGCCCCAGUAUUGACCCUUGGGGCACACCCACAUCAUAGCUAAGAGUGGGCGAUAGCUCAUUGCUCACUCUGACACACUGAGUUCUGCCUUCAAGGUAUGAUUUCAUCCAUCUCAAGGCAUCGGGGGAAAAGUUGAACUUGGACAAUUUUGUGAUGAGAAUCUCAUGGUUAACAGUAUCAAAAGCCUUCCUUAGGUCCAGAAACACAGCCCCAACAACGCCCCCUUUGUCCAUCUUGGACUUCACAUUUUCCAGAAAAAAGCAGUUGGCCAUUUCUGUGGAGUGUUUCGCUCUGAAGCCAAACUGCAUGGAAUGUAAUGUGAAGGGGCUGUUGUUGAGGUGGGCAAUCAGUUGUUCUGCUACACACUUUUCAACAACCUUUGACACCACAGGUAGUAUACUAAUGGGCCUGUAGUUACUCACGUCAGCAGGGUCGCCUGAUUUUAAAGAUGGCCGUUAUUAUGGCCGACUUCCAUACCCUUGGAAACACCCCGAGACCAAUAGAUGUGUUGGUGACCCUGAACUUGAAGAACAAACAUCAUUGUGGCAAUUCAUAUCUUGCAGUAAAACUAAAUAUUAGUUGAAUCUCAUGAGAACAGGUUUAAUGUUAAAGGUUCUCUCACUUAGAACAUAGUCCUGAUCACGUAGACCUUCGCCUAGACGAUAUCCAAAACAACUAACACACUGAAUUCAUACAUUUUUGUGGUCUUUCUACUGAAUGCCACAACUCGUGUUACCAAUCUGGCAGGUAAAGUCGUUAAAGUAUUUAAUAAUUUAGCUGUGAAUUUCGGAAGGAAUCAAGGCAUUAGAAUGUACCAGAGGCUGUCACAAAUGGAGCUCGUUCUGCCCCCCAACAAUUCAGGGGACACCGUCCCCCCCCAAGCCCGGAACGUACGGAAAGCACUGAUUAACCAAUCAACCAAUUAGCAGUCAGUUAACUCACUGGACCCCAUCAAGGAGUGACUCAAGUGGACUGGAUCUGUGUGGCUCAGUUGGUAGUGUGGCACCUUCAAUGCCAGAGUCGUGGGUUUGAUUUCAGCUCACCGAUACGAAAAUGGAAUCUGUAGAACGUUCUGGAUUAAAAGUGUCUGCUUAAUGUCAUAUAUCCAUCAACCGAUCACUUUGUGGAUUUAGUCUCCUCCUUUUUAACUGUGAAUUCGUUUUUGGGGAAAGGAAUUUGUUUUUAAAUGGAUGUUUGUGUUAGCAGAGUUUUACCAAGUGUUGCUCCUCAAAAUAAAAAACGACUUUAAAGAAAAACCUGUCGCUCUCUCCUCUCCUUCCCCCUCACACUCUCUCCACCCCACCUCUCUCACUCUCCAGUUCCUGUGAUAUCAAGUACACAGAGGGGGUCCAGUCUCUGAACUGGACUAAAAUCAUGAAGACUAUAGUGGACGACCCAGAGGGCUUCUUUGAACAGGGGGGGUGGUCCUUCUUAGACCCGGAGAGUGAGGUGAGGACUGUGUGAGAGUGAAUGUGGAGCGUGUGAGAGUGAAUGUGGAGCGUGUGAGAGUGAAUGUGGAGCGUGUGAGAGUGAAUGUGGAGCGUGUGUGUGCUAUUAAAACAUAGUGUUGUGUUAAAAUGAAGAUGUUGGACAAAAGUGUUUCUCUCUGUUUCUCUGUCUCUCUCUGUUUCUCUCCAUCUCUCUCUCUCUCUGUUUCUCUCUAUCUCUCUCUCUGUUUCUCUCCAUCUCUCUCUCUCUCUGUUUCUCUCUCUCUCUCUCUCUCUGUUUCUCUCCAUCUCUCUCUCUCUCUGUUUCUCUCCAUCUCUCUCUCUCUCUGUCUCUCUCUCUCUGUUUCUCUCUCUCUCUCUUUGUUUCUCUCUCUCUCUGUUUCUCUGUCUCUCUGUUUCUCUCCAUCUCUCUCUCUCUCUGUUUCUCUCUCUCUCUCUCUCUGUCUCUCUCUCUCUGUUUCUCUCUCUCUCUUUGUUUCUCUCUCUCUCUGUUUCUCUCUCUCUCUCCAUCUCUCUCAGGGGGAAGGAGCAGAGGAUGACUCUGAGUCAGGGGAAGACCAGACCUUUAACCCCUCGGCAGACGAGAGUGAGGCAGAGGAGGAAGACAGUGAUGAAGAUUAUGACUCAGAGAGCGAGGACUCUGGUAAUGGUAACAAGUCAUGUUGAGACACACACACAGAUGAUUACUGACCCAUACAUAGUCCUCUCUCAUUUUCACAAAAACACACACCACUUACAUUGACUUACUGUCACACGCACGUACACACACACACACAAACAUAAACGUACAGAGACUUAGUAGUGUGUGUAUUUCAGACUACAGUGCAUCGCUGGGCAGUGAAGAGGAGAGUGGUAAAGACUGGGAUGAGUUGGAAGAGGAGGCCAGGAAAGGUAAGUCUACUCCUCUACAUUCUCCCCCAAGGAGGGAAAAACCUAGCUUACCAUCCCUGAAGCAAGAGGUACCAUCGCUUGCUGGUCCAUGGUAUAGAAAAGGUGGAGAAACACUUGAAAAUACUACUACUUUGUUAUCCAAUGUGAAUUGGAACUUCUUCAUUGAACGACCUAUGACAGUUUUGUCCUCGUAUGUUUUGAUAUUGACACUCGUAAUGUGAAAUCGGUUGCAAAUGUUUUGAUAUUGACCCUUUCCCUCCCUCCCUCUCUCUCGCCUCCUCCCCUAGCCGACAUAGAGUCUCACUACGAGGACACGGAGGAGACCUCGUCGGCCAAUAGGAAGCGGAAGGGCCGCUCGUCAGCCCCACCCCCCAUCGCCAAGAAGAAACGGCGCCACUGAAUGAUGACAUCACCAGACACGGUCUCAACAAAACACACACUGCCAAAACAUUGUCUCCUCCAAUUCAUCUUCGCUCUCACUUCCCUUCAUCUUUCCCUCAUACGCAAACACAAACACAGAAACACACACACGCUAUACAAUGUGUCUAUAGAGGUAGUAGCAUCCCCAUGCGUUUGUAUUAGGCAGUGAGUGUCGUGAUUUAAAUGGCCAUAUCGUACCUGACGACAGACGGACACAAACUCCAUCUCUUUCGUUCUAUUCCUUCUUUCUUCAUUCCUCCUUCCUUUCCUUUGGCAACUCUCACUCCCCUGUUUCCAGGAGCCAGGUGUCUUUGUGUGUGUGUUGAAAGGGUUUUUAUUGCAAACUAUAGUUUUUCUGUUAAAUUGUUUCUAAACCAAUAGAGUAAGCAGUGAUAAUGAUGACAUACAGUAUCUUCUGCAAAGCAUUUUAUACAAUUUUGUGAAAACAAAUAAUCUUCUGUUCCCUCCCUCCUUCCACUUCUGGCAUUCUACCAUUCAUCCUCUCAUCUUCUUGGACACAGUUUAUUUGCUGAGUAAGAUUGAUAUCUUGAUCGUUGGGGAGGGGGGAGCAGAGCCAGAUACCAAUAUUAAUUUUUGAUGCCGUUUUCCAAUUCCUUUGUUUUAAUGGGGGUUUGUACAGACUGACACAGACACUCACAAUGUCUCUCUCAUUCCCCCCCCCCCUCCCUCUUUCCUCCCUGUCUCUCUCAUUCCCC